AUGGUUUAUGAGCCGACAGAUGGGGAAGUUAUUCAAAACACUUCCGUGAGAUCUGCUACACAGAUCUCUCAGAUACAGCAUUCAGUGAUAACUAGGCUUUUUGCCCUCCUAGUUAAACUUAUAUGCUGUCUGUUCUCCAUCAAGUUCCGAAUGUUUAAGGCAGCCAGCUUAAAUGAAGAGCACGCUGUCAAAAAAGUUGUAUUCGGUAUCAUAAGAGGGGACAACUUU